AUGGUCGAAUUGCGUCGUUCUAGUCGGAAAACCAGGGCUAAAAGACCAGCAGAAGAUGUGGAGUCCCCUACAGAGUCUCCCGUUAAGAAAGCUAGGGCUCCAAGGGUCCCCAAGGAGGAAGAUGGGAAAGCAAGCACGGAACUUGAGGAAGGAGACGAGAUUCCUGACAUAGUUUUAAAAAACCAGGACGGCGAGGAUGUUUCACUUAGAGAUGUCUGCUCUGAGAACGACAUUGUCGUUAUCUUUUCGUACCCCAAAGCCAGUACGCCAGGAUGUACCAGGCAAGCUUGUGGAUUUCGUGACAAUUAUAAUGUGUUAAAAGAGCAUGCUGCUGUAUUUGGACUUAGUGCAGACCCAAUUAAAUCUCAGAUGAACUUCAAAACCAAACAAUCAUUACCCUAUGAUCUGUUGUCUGAUCCCAAACGUGAGUUAAUUGGUGUCCUGGGAGCCAAUAAAACCGCUGUAUCAGGAGUGAUUAGAUCUCACUGGAUAUUCCUACAAGGCAAACUGAAGUUCAAGCGAGUAAAAGUUUCUCCAGAAGUUUCAGUUAACGACGCCAAAGAGGAGGUAUUAGAGUUAGCUGAGUCCUUAAAGGAUGAAAAAACUGACAAUAAAAGUGAUCAAGAGGAUGGAGGCAAAGACGAAAAUGGCGAAGACGCUGCUGAAGGCAAAGAUGAUGCGCAAGACGAGGAAUAG